GCGGGGGCGGAGGGGCAGCGGGCGCCCGGCCGGGGCGCUCCGGCAAGGAGGCACUGGGCUGCACAAUGAGCCUCGUGCCUGCCGGGGCAGCCCUUCCUCCGCCCUUCCUCCUCCUCCUCCGUUUAUUUAUUUCAUUUAUUUUUAUUGCAUUUACUUGUUUGUAUUCGCCGGAAUAAUAAAAAUGGGAAAAUCCGAGCGCUGCUUUUGGCUGCUCUCCACCAACCUGUCAGUGACGCAAGCGGAGACUACUUAAAGGCAGAUUAGAGGCAGCAAGACAUUAAAGCCAACCUUCCUCCCUCCACGCCGCCGGUCCGCCCGCCGCGGCGCGCUACGAGUCGAGCGGGCCGGGCCGGUGGCGGCUGCCGAGCGGCCCCAAGCCCCGCAGAGCCGAGCCGAGCCGAGCCGAGCCGGGAGCCCCCGGCAGGGCUGCUGCCUCCAGCCGCCCUCCCGCCACCGGACUGCGGGCAGUAGAGACGGGCUGCUCUUCGGUUUGUUUUCCCUCCCCCUGAAAAAAAAAAAAAAAAAAUAGGAGGGGUGAAAGAAGGCAGAAGUGAAGAGAUCCCCUACGCUUGCCAAAGUCUUUGUCUCCGGAUGAACAGCGAUGGGGGAAUGGACUAUUCUAGAGAGGCUACUGGAAGCUGCCGUGCAGCAGCAUUCUACUAUGAUAGGGAGGAUCCUGCUGACCGUGGUGGUGAUCUUCAGAAUUCUCAUUGUGGCCAUUGUAGGGGAGACGGUGUACGAUGACGAGCAAACGAUGUUUGUCUGUAACACGCUGCAGCCAGGCUGCAACCAGGCUUGUUAUGACCAGGCUUUCCCCAUUUCUCACAUAAGGUACUGGGUGUUCCAGAUCAUCAUGGUGUGCACUCCCAGCCUGUGCUUCAUAACGUACUCCGUUCACCAGUCUGCUAAACAAAGGGAACGGAGGUACUCCACUGUCUUCCUUACCUUGGAAAGGGACCAGGAUUCAAUGAAGCGUGAGGACAGUAAGAAAAUCAAGAACACGAUUGUCAAUGGGGUGCUGCAAAACACUGAGAACUCCACCAAAGAGGCAGAACCAGACUGCUUAGAAGUGAAGGAAAUCCCCAAUCCUGCUAUCAGAACUACAAAAUCAAAGAUGAGGAGGCAAGAAGGCAUUUCUCGAUUUUAUAUCAUCCAAGUGGUCUUUCGAAAUGCCCUAGAGAUUGGAUUCUUAGUGGGACAGUAUUUUCUGUACGGAUUCAAUGUCCCUUCCAUGUACGAAUGUGACAGAUACCCUUGCAUUAAAGAAGUAGAGUGCUAUGUUUCUAGACCCACUGAGAAGACUGUAUUCUUGGUAUUCAUGUUUGCUGUCAGUGGGAUUUGUGUGGUGCUUAAUUUGGCAGAACUGAACCACUUGGGCUGGAGAAAGAUCAAAAUGGCAGUGAGAGGAGUACAGGCAAAAAGGAAAUCCAUAUAUGAAAUCAGAAAUAAGGACCUGCCAAGAAUGAGCAUGCCUAACUUCGGCAGGACUCAGUCAAGUGACUCAGCUUAUGUGUGAGGCUGUGACAGAACUGAAACACUGUGCCAGGUGGAACAGACCCAGAUACCAUUAGAGAAAGGUACAUUGCUUAGGCAAGCAUUUUAUCAAGCCACCAAGAAAGCCAUUAAGGUAUUGGAUCUCCACUUACUGAACUAGCUGCAAAAUGCAGCGCUAUAUAAAAGACUGAAAAAACAGCUAUAAAACCAUGCUUGACCUAGCCUUACAGCACAGCUACUAUUAUUCCUACUUUUCUUUCUAAUGAUUGGGUUUUAUCUGUCAGUGAAGCAGCUUUUUGGUCAUCAUUAGGAUGUUUACAGUUUGAACUGUCUGACUAAUUGUUGUAAAUGUGUAGAAUGUUCAUAUCAAAAACUCUGCAAGGAUAC